AAAAUGAAGAAAAAUUUUUUUGCUUCGAGGGCUGCAAAAAUUUUAGCGCUCGUUCCACCAUCAAAUGAAUCAGAUUUUGGUUCCGAUUCUGACGAUGAUGUAGAAAAAGUAUUAGAAGAAAAACAUUUUGAUGUGAUUAAUAACGAUUUAGAUUAUGACAGUUCAAAUCCUCUAUCAUUGACGGAAUCUUGUGAUGAGCUGGAAGAUAUAAUAAAUGAGGCACUGGCAGAACCAAUAGAACACAUUGCUUUUGAUUUAGAAACAAAUGAACUCCUAGGAGAUGAACAACUUGGAGAACUGCCUUACUCUGUAAAUACAUCUGCAAAUAUUGAAUCGGUACCACAAUCUGCUGAAAAACCAAUUUUGGUUAUUGUACCUCCAUCUGAUUACAGCUCAGCAUCUCUCCAAAAUUCAAAUGAAUAUAAAAAUGCUUCAUCAUUUUCCCAAAGUGAAAAUACUUUAACUACUACUAGGCCUACUUUAAAUUCAUCAUUGCCAGCUACUGCUAGAGUGAUUACCCGAUUACAAAAAAAUGAAAAAAUUGGGAAAUCUAUUAAUGUAACUAAAAAUGAUAUAAAAGAUUUUAUUGCAAUUGAAAUUUUAAUGGGUGUUAUAAAGAUGCCAUCCUAUUGUGACUAUUGGUCAAAUAAUUUGAGAUAUAGUAAAAUUGCCGAUAUAAUGACCCUUAAAAGAUUUCAACAAAUUCGAAGAUUUUUACAUUUUGUGAACAACGAAGAUGUAAAUCAAGAUAGGUACUUUAAAAUUAGACCUUUUCUUGACAUUAUUAGAAACAAUUGCCUAUCAAUGCCACAAGAAAGAAGGUUUUCUAUAGAUGAAAUGAUGAUACCAUACAAAGGAACCAUGGCUGGCAGUCGGCGGCAAUAUAUAAAAAAUAAACCAAAGAAAUGGGGUUUUAAAGUUUUUGUCAGAGCUGGCAUCACUGGUUUUGUAUACGAUUUUCUGUUAUAUUCUGGCGAAGAUACAUUUAGGCAAAUUGACUUUACCGAAGAGGAGCAACAAUUUGGGUUAGGUGGUAAAGUUGUAAUUGCACUUUCUAAAACUACAGCAAACCUUGCUUGCUCUGUACUAUAUUUUGACAACUUUUUUUCGUCAUUUGAAUUAUUAGUAUAUCUUCGACAAUGUCUGGGAUUAUUUUCAUUGGGUACACUACGAUCUAACAGAAUCAGGGACUGUAAAUUAGAAGAUGAUAAAAGUUUAAAAAAUAGAGGACGGGGAAGUUUUAGCCAACAAGUGUCAAAUGAGUUAAACGCAAAGCUAGCUGUAGUUAAAUGGUUUGACAAUAAGGCAGUUCUACUUGUCAGUUCUUUUACCGAUGCUUAUCCAAUUAGUUCGGUCAAAAGAUACAGAAAAGAAGACAAGAGGAGGGUUGAUGUACCCUGUCCACAAAUUGUUUUAGAAUACAACCAACAUAUGGGAGGGGUAGAUUUAGCAGACAUGUUUGUAGCUCUUUACAGAACAGGGAUGAAGUCGAAAAGAUGGUAUUUGGGAAUUUUCUCCCAAUUUUUAGACAUUUGUAUAAAUAAUUCUUGGAUUCUAUACAAAGAGGAUUUUGAUCAUAAUCCCAAGCAAUCUAAAAAGAAGAUGGCAUUAAAGGAUUUUCGUAUUAUGAUAGCAGAGGGACUGUUGCAGAAAAACAGAAUAAGGGGGAGGCCUUCCAAUUUAUUAAAGUCUACAGAAAACCGCCCCAAUAGGUCACCAAUAACUACAAGACCCUGUAUGGAUAUGCAGUAUGAUGCAUAUGGACAUUUUCCAGUUUUUUCAUCAGCAAGAGGAAGAU